AUGCUCACUUCACGUCGCAUGUAUGCGCCUGAAAUGCGAACAUUGCAUUUCCAAUUGCGAUUUUAUCCGUCUCCUGACAUAUUUGCCGUCAUCUUCCCAAGGCAUUCGGACGCUCGUUGCGGCGUAUCAUUUGGAGAAGUGCGGGGCAUGAAAUAUCGCUCUGGCCUGCGAAAUGACCGGAGGAAAGGGAACUUCUUGACCAACGUAGUCUCUGUAAGCAUUGUAAGCAUGAAAGGUAGAUCAGCGUUUGAGGCGGAGAUAGUGGCUGGAUCGGAUUCCGGGAUUUUCGGCUACGUCGAGGAGGCUGGACUUGGGACACACAACGCAAUGGAAGACACGUUUGCUGCCGUUAACGGGGGCGAAGACAGCAGCAGUCCGUGUUCAGAAGGGAGAACGUACGUGUUUUCGGACGUCGACAUCGGAAAGUUUAGCGACUUCCCUGAGGAGUUCAAUCCAGGAGAUACGGAUACGGGAGAAGGGGUGGCUGAACAAGAUGCGGGAUCCACAAAUAGCAUGAUUGUUAGGCAUGCGACUAACGUAUCAAGUGCCAAACCAUCUGAUAUCUGCCUCCUGCUACCAAUCUUAUGUUGCAUGGCAAUUAGCAACAAGAUGUAUUGUUUUGAAAUGGCGCGACGAUUGGUUGGGCGCUUACAUACAAUUAGACGGCGUUCAGUCACUUCUCCUCCAACGGAGACGGAGAAGCAGCAAACAAAGUUGCGAUGUUCACAUGCAAUUCAAAUUCGUCGUCGGGACCCGGCGCAAUCCAUUUCGCUCAAUAGAAUGCGGACAGCGAGGACCAAUCCGGUACAAGUAUGCAGACGGUUUGCGCAGAAAGUGCAUGGAGACCGCUCAGGAGCCGUGGCAUCGCACUUCAAAUGGAUGCAGUCGCGUAUGAUUAGGACACGGACUCCUGUGUCAGGAAGCGUGGUCCUAACAUGGUUCCGCCGAUGUAUUCAUAUUCACUUCUCACCUUCCGCUCAAAGGAACGCCUGA